AUGGAAUCCGAGAAGAAGUUUUCCCUUAAUGCAAGCGACUACAAAUUGUAUGAGGAAAUUGGAGAAGGUGUCAGUGCCACUGUAUAUAGAGCUCUUUGUGUGCCUCUUAAUGAGAAUGUUGCAAUCAAGGUCCUUGAUCUAGAGAAAUGCAAUAAUGACUUGGAUGGCAUUCGGAGAGAGGUACAGACAAUGAUUUUGAUUGACCAUCCAAAUGUCUUGCGGGCCUACUGCUCCUUUACCACCGGUCAUAAUCUAUGGGUAGUGAUGCCUUACAUGGCUGGGGGAUCUUGCCUUCAUAUUAUUAAGUCUUCUUUUCCAGAAGGAUUUGAGGAGGCCGUUAUUGCUACAUUAUUACGUGAAGUUCUCAAAGCUCUGGUGUAUCUUCACGCCCAUGGACAUAUCCACAGAGAUGUAAAAGCUGGGAACAUACUGAUCGAUUCUAAUGGUACCGUUAAAUUAGGAGACUUUGGAGUUGCUGCAUGUAUGUUUGAUACUGGUGAUCGUCAGCGUUCGAGAAAUACAUUUGUCGGAACUCCAUGCUGGAUGGCUCCUGAAGUCAUGCAGCAAGUGCAUGGAUAUGAUUUCAAGGCCGAUAUCUGGUCAUUUGGAAUAACAGCGCUUGAGCUUGCUCAUGGUCAUGCACCAUUCUCCAAGUACCCUCCUAUGAAGGUUCUGCUGAUGACUCUUCAAAAUGCGCCUCCAGGACUUGACUAUGAAAGAGAUAAAAGAUUCUCAAAGUCUUUCAGAGAAAUGAUUGCUUCAUGUUUGGUUAAGGAUCCUAAAAAGCGCCCCAGCUCAGAAAAGCUUCUGAAGCACCCAUUUUUUAAGAAUGCUCGGUCAAGCGAUUAUUUGUCACGUGCUAUCCUCGAUGGCAUGUCCCCUCUAGGUGAACGCUUUAGGACGCUUAAGGCUAAAGAGGCGGACAUACUUGUUCAAAAUAAGGCAUUAUAUGAGGACAAGGAGCAUCUAUCGCAGCAAGAGUAUAUUCGAGGAAUCAGUGCCUGGAAUUUCAAUCUGGAGGAUCUGAAGAAUCAAGCUGCACUUAUUCAAGAUGAUAUUGGUUCAAAUUCAGAAGAUUCAAGUGUGAGUGGGAAGCAAAUAGAUGUGGCGGAUGGUGUUUCGCUCACUACCAAUAGACCGUAUUCUGAGCAAGUUAAUAAUGCAAAUGCUGCUUCUCAAUUGGAAGAUGAGCUGAAUGAUGUCGGUGACUUGGAAACUUCACUUCCUUCAUUUCCUAUGAAACCUCUUCAGGCUCUAAAAGGUUGUUUUGAUGUAUGCGAAGAUGAUAUUGGUGCCGGUAGCCCAAGUUCAAGAGAUUCAAACCAGUCAGAUUCUGAAUUGCAAACCCAACAGCAGCAGUUGGUUAGUGUUGUGGAUCGACAAUCUGGACGAAACGAUACUUCACACUCUGCUCUAAGCGGAUCUUUGUCAUACUCUCUUGUUCCGGGGCGGAAGAUAUUUUCCAGUGGCUCACUGGUGCAGGAUAAUACUCUUGCUGCCAAAAGGGUUAUUGGAGAUGGAGAUAGAAGGGAAUAUCUGCAACCAAGAUAUCAGGCCGAGCGAAAUUAUAGUGGGCCCCUGCAAAAUCGCCAAAAGAAAGACUUCAACCCAACAGCUGGAGAAGAUGUUUCGGAAGGUGCUGUCGUGGAACGCCGAGGACGUUUUAAGGUCACUUCGGCAGAUCUGGGUCCCAAGGGUUUUGUAAACAACUUUAACUCAAAUUCUGGUGGGCCGAUAAACCCGAUACCACCUGGCAUUUCAGCUGCUUCAGUUCUGCCUUCAGUGCAAUGCUUAUUACAACAGAACACCAUGCAAAGAGAUGAGCUGGUUAAACUGAUUAAGUUUGUGGAACAAACCUCAGGCAAUGAUACUGAGUCGGCAGAGGCUGGAGCAAACGACCUUUUGCAGAUAAACCCAAGUUCUUCUACAAAGGAACGAGAGUUGCAGACUCAGUUGAUUCAUAUGCAACAAAGAAUUGGAAGUUUAGUCGAAGAAAUACAGAGACUUAAGGCUAAGAAUGCUCAGUUGGAGAGAAAAUUGAACGUAACGCUGAAGAAAGACGAUGUGAUACCAGAAUAA